UUUGCACCACCGCCUUAGAGUGACUGCGGAAACCGAACGAGGUGGAUUACCUUCCGGCGAUCUAAAUAUUCACCGGUCAGCUGAUAUGCGAGCAGGAUUUUAAUCAAGUUCCUUGAUUUCAGAUCGGUACGCGCUUGGUUCAAGCGAAGCAACAUGGAAGCACUACUCAACAGUCAGUGCGCGGCACAAAGUUUGGGUCCCGCCAAUCAACUUUUUGCGAUGCUAAUUCAAACCAUCAUGGCGGCACAGUGUAGCAUUUCUCCACCAGAUAUGUGGCCCAAGGACUACGGCCCGACGGCUUUGGCCCAAGGUUUGGAAGAGUAUGACUUCAUAAUAGUCGGUGCUGGAUCGGCCGGUUCCGUGGUCGCCAAUCGGUUGUCCGAAAAUCCGGAUUGGAAAAUCCUGCUGCUGGAGGCCGGUGGGGAUCCUCCCAUCGAAUCUGAGAUUCCGCUAAUGUUGAUGCAUACACUGAACACCUCCUUUGCUUGGAAUUAUUAUGCGGAAAAAAGUACGAUAGCCAGUAAAGGAUACAAGAACGGAUGCUACUGGCCUCGAGGGAAAAUGCUGGGCGGUUGCAGCAGCAACAAUGCAAUGCUCUAUGUUAGAGGAAACAGUCGCGAUUAUGACCGCUGGGAAGAGCUGGGAAAUCCCACCUGGGGUUGGAAGAAUGUAUUAAGGUACUUCAAGAAAUCGGAAGACAAUGGAGCCUAUCACAUCCAGCAAGAAAAGAGCGCUUUCCACGGCAAAGGUGGUCCACAAAAGGUCAAUUCGUUUAUGUCGAAUGACAUGACUAAAAUUUUGAUCACAGAGGCUGCCGCUGAGCUCGGUUAUUCCGAAAUUAUGGAUAUAAACAGUGACGAGUUCAUAGGAUACUGUGUCUUGCAGGGAACGAUUCUGGACGGAAAAAGGUACAGUACUGCGAAAGGUUUUUUGAAUACCAUCAAAGACAGAACAAAUCUGCAUAUAAUCAAGAACGCGCACGUCACCAAGGUCAAUGUGGAGAAUGGUGUGACGACCGGCGUUACUUUUGAUAUCGGCGAAAACAAAAACAUUGUUGCUGAAGUGAAAAAAGAAGUAAUACUCUCAGCUGGUGCAAUCAACACACCACAGCUACUUCAACUUUCUGGAAUUGGACCAAAGGACGAGUUGGAAAAACUGGACAUUCCUUUGGUGAAAAAUUCACCAUUUGUUGGAGAAAACCUGCAGGAUCACGUAAUCGUACCGCUGUACCUAACCUUCCACAAAUCUCGUCCAAUAACCGUGGCCCUUGACGAAUUUAUUGACAGUAUUUAUUCGUAUUUCAAAUAUGGAUUGGGACCCUUGGGAUCUAUUGGUGCGACAGAUUUAGUAGCUUUUGUGAAUACGCAAAGUCCGUCGGCCAGAUUCCCAGAUAUUCAAUACCAUCAUUUCGUUUACAAAGCUAAUCUGCCGGACUUUUCAGCUAUCAUGGAGAAGUUUGGCCUGGAAGAUUACAUUCUUGCACAAAUUGUUGAAGCCAACAAAAACGCGGAGAUAUUGACUAUAUACGUCACGCUUUUGAAUCCGAAAUCAAAAGGCAAUGUGAAGUUGAGAAGCUCGAACCCUUAUGAUCCUCCGGUAAUUAACGCCAACUACUUGGAAGACCACCGGGAUGUCGCCACUUUGAUUCGCGGAAUUAGACUGGCUCGAAGAUUGCUUGAAACUCGCAACUUUAAGGAUCAUGAAGUGGAGGAAACUCGAAUCAGCAUUCCCGAGUGUGACAAGCUGGAAUUCGAAUCGGACAGCUACUGGGAAUGCUACGUACGGUAUCUGUCCACUACCAUCUACCAUCCGGUGGGAACGGCCAAAAUGGGCCCCGAAAGUGACACCGCCGCUGUGGUAGAUUCUCGCUUGAAGAUGCAUGGCUUGGAGGGAUUACGGGUGAUCGAUGCUAGUAUUAUGCCUAACAUUGUGAGCGGAAAUACCAACGCACCGGCAAUUAUGAUUGGCGAAAAGGGGGCAGAUUUCAUAAAGGAAGAUUAUGCCGAAAAGAAGAAUACGCACACUGAAUUCUGAAUGAGGGCGACAGUUUGAGGCUUAAUUUUACUAAAAAUUUCUGUGAGCCAGCUUAAGAAAUAAAGUUACCACAUACGGGUAUGAAAUAUAGCACAUAAGUCUGCACCUACAUGGAAACCUUUAAAAUGAGCACGAAAAAAGGAAAUAUGCAUUUAUUAUUUUAGAGUAGGUACAUGUCAAGCAUUCAAAUAAAAGAAAACAUUUCAGGAUGACAUUUCUAUUUGAUAAAUAUAUACACCCCAAACGUCGUUCAUUUCAGUCUUCGAUCCACAUUAGUACAUACAACAUUGCCCUUUUAGUGAGUCUUUCCUUU